AUGAAGAGAUUUAAAGAUAUCCUCCCAAUCGCCACGAAGAUCCUAAUUAUCGUCCUAUCAAUACACCUCACUGACUGCGACGUGGUGUCCGAAGCACCAAAAACCCAAAAGGACGUAUACAAAGUCCCAGAGCCGGAACUUCUGCCCGUGCUGCACAGCAACGACUCCCGAUGCCGGGUCUCCGAGUACCAGUGCUUCAACAAGAAAUGCGUGCCCAUAAACCGGUUCUGCGAUGGCAGUAACGACUGCGGGGACGCUUCGGAUGAACCCAGACAUUGUACACGCUGUAACAAGACGUACUAUGGCGACAUCGGUAGAACCUAUGAGCUGGAACUACAUCGUCCAAGAGAGGACCUGGUGCCUUACGUCUGUCUGAUUACCAUUACUGCAGCGGGAGGUGUUCAUGGUGAUCUUGUACAGGUAUUACUCCAAAAUAUGUAUCACCGUCCGAUGUUAUAA